AUGGCUGCCAAGUGGCUCAAUAGUGUAGAUGUCGAUUUUGGGGUUCAAUUCCCGAGAUUGAGUAUGCGUGCGGUACAUGGGUUCGUGCGUAGUUUGAAGGUUGAGCCACAGGAUCUCUUAGGCCUAGUUGCUGCAUACACCUCAAAUUUUUUGUCCCAACACAGUGGUAUCGUCAGGACGGAAUUGGAAGGGAAAGAAGUUAAUGUAGUCAUCAGGGACAGUAAUAUUCCGGAGAAAUUUGUCAGAAUUGCAGGGAUUCCACAGAAUCUAGACUUGGGAGUAGUAAAGACACGUCUGAAGGAAUUUGGAACCAUAAUUGAUGCUCGUUGGGAACGCUAUCGGGUGGCAGAGGAUGACGUUUUAUACCCUGUCCUUGCCACUUGGAUGAUAGUACGAAUGACGUUGACUAAGAAUAUUCCCUCAUACAUUACUAUUGGCAGCUAUCGUGCCAUGGUAAAGUAUGAGGGACAAAAACCUACUUGCAGACUGUGUGACGACGAAACCCAUUUUAGCUACAACUGCCCAACUUUUAGACGUAAUAAGGAACCUAUCAUUGUCCAAAAGCCCAGUAAUAAAAUGACUAAAAAGACAGAGACAGUCCCGGAAAAACCCGUCACUCUACCCUUAGAUGUAGACCCCAUGGUUUCUAAGGCCCUUCUUGAGUGUGGAUUACAAAGUUCACUCUCAGGGGGGACUCCCAACUUAGAAAUUUCUCCCACCGAACAACCCGUUAAAUCCACAGACGACCCACCACGACAGACUCCGCCCGCUCAAAUGAUAAUCCCUGAAACACAACCUGAUGACUCGGAACCUAUGACAAUUUCCAUGGAACCAGUGGAACCCAAUUUGGGGGAAGUUGAGUCCAUGGAAACUGACAAAACAAGUGACCACCUGAAAGUUCCCACUGUACCACAAAGCAAACGUUUCAAACCAACAUUGACACCCCAGAAUUCUAGACCAACCUUGUCCACUUCUCAACCCAAGAAACCAUUUAAAUGA